AAAUGACUCCCACAGCAAGUUGUGCAUAGUUCAGUGUGGGGACUCGAGAGGAGGCUGCAGCUGUAUCGCUUCUAGCAACAGCCGCAGACUGCAGCAGGCAGACCAACAGCUGUGUCCGGUGAGUGUAGAACGGACCAGGAGAUCAUGUCUCUGGAGGAGUACGAGCGGCACUACGCCUCCCUGAACUCUGAGUCCGGCUGUGAGUCUGUGAGCGGCCGGUCGGCGGCGUCCGGAGGGCUCAGCGGGGAGGAGGAGAAGCUGCACUACAUCCCCAUCCGCGUGCUGGGGAAGGGCGCGUUCGGAGAGGCCACUCUGUACCGCCGCACAGAGGAUAACUCUCUGGUGGUGUGGAAGGAGAUCGACCUGAACUGCCUGUCAGAUAAGAAGCGCAGAGAUGUGAUGAACGAGAUCAGCAUCCUCUCCAUCCUGCACCACAACAACAUCAUCGCUUACUUCAACCACUUUCUGGACAAGAACACACUGCUGAUCGAGCUGGAGUACUGCAAUGGUGGAAACCUCUAUGACAAAAUCAACCAGCAGAAAGGGGUGCUGUUCAAAGAGGAGGUGGUGGUGUGGUACCUGUAUCAGAUCGCUGCUGCUGUUGCUCAUAUUCAUAAAGCCGGCAUCCUGCACAGAGACAUCAAAACGCUGAACAUCUUCCUCACCAAAACCAACCUGAUCAAGCUGGGGGAUUAUGGGCUGGCCAAGAAGCUGGACUCGCAGUACUCCAUGGCUGAAACUUGUGUGGGCACGCCGUACUACAUGUCUCCAGAGCUCUGCCAGGGCGUCAAAUACAACUUUAAGUCGGACAUCUGGGCGAUGGGCUGUGUGCUGUUUGAGCUGCUCACCCUCACCAGGACAUUCGACGCCACGAAUCCCCUGAAUCUGUGUGUGAAGAUCGUGCAGGGGAACUGGACCAUGGAGAUCAACUCUGAUGUCUACACCUCUGAGCUCAUCAAACUGGUGUACAAGUGUCUGGAUCAGGAUCCUGAAAAAAGGCCCACAGCGGAGCAGAUUCUAGAGCAGCCCGUUAUCUCUCAUGUCAGAGUAGAGCUGGAGGAGCGGGUGGCUGCUCUAAACUCCGCCAUCAGGAAACCCAAGUAUGUUUGCAGCUCAUAUACAUCAGUCGUGUGUGUGUGUGUUUACGUGACGCUGCUGUGUUGUGUCAGGCUGAGUACAGUGACGGAGACGUCAGUGGCGGUGGUGACGACACGUUCACGUGAGGUGUAUUUCUGGGGCGGAGGGAAGUUCACGCCGCAGAAGCUGGACAUGUUCAAGGGCGGCAGCAGCGCUCAACACGUCUGCGCCGGAGAAACACACUUCGCUGUGGUCACGGUGGAGAAGGAGCUCUACACAUGGGCCAGUGUUCAGGGAGGAGCAAAAAUGGUGGGUCAGCUGGGUCACGGAGACCAGGCCUCGUACCGUCAGCCGCGGCGAGUGGAGCGUCUGCAGGGUAAAGCCAUCAGACAGGUGUCCUGCGGAGCCGAUUUCACUGCCUGCGUCACCGACGAGGACCAGAUCUACAUGUUCGGCUCUGAUUAUUAUGGCUGUGUGGGUGUGGAGAACGAGCUGGGCAUGGAGGUGCUGGAGCCGGUGCUGCUGGAGUUCUUCACGGAGCGCGCCGUACGUCAGGUGUCCUGCGGAGACAACCAUGUGCUGGCCCUCACACAGAGCCAAGAGCUGUAUGCCUGGGGCUGUGGAGAGCACGGGCGACUCGGUCUGGACUGUGAGGAUGAUUUCUCCUCUCCAAUGCAGGUGGAGGUUCCUCAGGGUGCCGUCAUCGACUCUGUUUACUGCGGCAGUGACGGCACCUUCUUCCUCACAGAGUCUGGGAAGGUUUUAGCCUGCGGAAACAACGAGUUCAACAAACUGGGUCUGAAUCAAGGCAUCACAGGAAUCAAAAACCACCCGGGGGAAGGUUAUCAGGGGAUCCCAUACACCACCACACUGACGCUGGUCAAGCUGCUGUCUCGCUUUAAGAUCCAGUUCCUCGCUCCGGGAAAGACACACACGGCUGCCAUCGACGAGCGUGGCAGACUCAUGACCUUCGGCUGUAAUAAGUUCGGUCAGCUGGGAGUGAAGGACUUUAAGAAGCACCAGGGCGUCCAGCUCCUCGUCGGGCCCUUUGGAGGGAAGAUCGUCACCAAGGUGUCGUGUGGAGACGGCUUCACCAUCGCUGCCACUGAGGAUAAUCAGAUCUUUGCGUGGGGUAAUGCUGGUAAUGGUCGUCUCGGGAUGCCGGCUGAUAAAGGCUUCGGGUCAGAGGUCUGUCCGGCUCUCCCGCGGCCCAUCUUCGGCUCUUUACACCAUGUGCCUGAUCUGUCCUGCAGGGGCUGGCAUACAAUCCUCAUCAUGGAAAAAGUCCUGAACUCCAAAACCAUCCGCUCAAAUAGCAGUGGACUGUCUAUCGGAAGUGGUCAGUGCUCGACCUCCUCCGUGGAUCUGGAGACGGCCUCAGCCACAGACUCUGAGCUGCGUGAGGGGAUGCUGGGAGGAACUGUGGAGGCUGGUAUGGACGAUCGAGGCCUGGAGACGCCCAUCUUCUCCAUGGACAGCAAGACCAACGAGAGCUCCUGCCCGUCAUGGCUGCGCAAGGAGCUGCUGGAUGCGGAGUACAUCCCCUUGCCGGAUGACUCCCGAGAGUCCAUGCAGCCGCUGACGUCCUCCUACACCGAGAGCGCCACGCUACCCUACGAGGAGCUGGACCAGCUCAAAGCUGCCGCUGGGAAGAGUCUGAUGAAGACAGCAUGUGUGGAUUACGAGCGGAUGAACGGUGUGGAGACGAGCCGAUCUGAGCAGAGCUGCUGUGGAGCCGGUGUCCAUUUGGAGCAGCUCAGAGAAACAGUGGAGCGACAGGAGGGCCACAUCCAGCUGCUACAGAAGCAGGUCAGUGAUCAGCUGCAGGAGAACCAGCGGCUCUGGAAAGCCAUCGAGAAGCUCAGAGCGGAUGCUGGACCGCAGAAUCACCAUGACGACUGAGGGAUGAUCCGUAUCCGAGCGCAGGUUUGACCGAAAUCAUCAUAACCAAAGACUGAUGCUGCUGAUGUCCAGCCAAAGCCCUAAUGCUUCAUAGUGCUGCGUGUGUGCGGUGCCGACAUUAAAUCUGGGAACAACAUUGAUGAAUAGCAGAUUAAUGAUGAGGCAAUCCCUCCGAGAUGAAUGUAAGAGGUGUCAUAAAGCAGCUCGCUCCAUGUGCUUUCCACUCGACAGUAGAUAAAGGGAUACUUCACCCACAAAUGGAGAUUUAAUCACUGAUUACUCGCGCUCAAGUGCUUUCUUUCUUCUGUUAAACACAAAAGAAGAUAUUUUGAGGAAUGCUGAAAACCAUAGUAGGAGAACAAACACUGUGUGGUUACAGGUUUUCAACAUUCUUCAAAAUAUCUUCUUUUGUGUUUAACAGAAGACAGAAACUCUGUUUGGAAGAGGUUGAGUGAAUGAUGACAGAAUGCUCAUUUUAGUGUGAACUGCCCCUUUAAGCUGUAGCGCUGAUCAGGGGUCAGUGUCAGUGUUAGGGAUGAUCGUACAGUGUUUUAAUGUUGCACAGCUCUUCUCUGUCCUAUGCAAGCAGGUCUAAUGUUCCGUCAAAGGUGUUCAUGCAGGUUUAAAGCUGCUUCAUCAUGUGUGAAUGUGAAGCCAAACACGCUUCACGUGCUCUUCUAAUGCAGUAAGGAUGUCUGGAUAUAUGUUGUGCUAGUCCACGUGUUGACUGAAGGGUUUACAGUACUUUCACAUCAUAUCAGAGUGUGUUUAUUGCGCGUGCACGUGUCAGAACUACUGAAUUUGUUUUUGAUGUGUGUCUUUAUUAUUCCAGCAUAUUUCAUGUGUGUUGCCAAAUAUAGCGAAACCACACCGAGUGUCAUGCAGAUCUGCUCUGUAAAGCACAGGGAUAUACAGCAGCACUGACUGACUGUAGAACAGUGGGUUUCUCAGCCUUUUCCUCAUAUUUGCAUGUUUUUAAAGCAACUGCAACCAAAGGUUUGUUUGUUUGUGUGUGUAUUAUAUCAGAAUCUGUAUAUUUUACUCUGUGUUUCUAGCAUUUUCUAUAUUCUGAAACGGUUUGAUGUCAUUUUGGGACGUGGUCUUAAGGUGUUUAGUGCUUUAUACACCCAUAUCAGACACUGAUGCACAUUUAUAAAUAAAAGCCUUGAGGCACACUGUCACACUGA